AUGGAAGCUCUACAGGCAACUUUUGAAGAGAUCAAAAAUGCCAAAUUGAACGAAGGAAAAGCAAAGAAGAAAAUCUUCCAGGACUUUAUCAAAGAUUUCAGUGAGUUCUGCGAAGAGAGUUAUACACAGGUGGAUUUCAACACCUGUCUUGAAAUGGCAGAAUAUUCACAGUCAGCUCCACUCAUGACUGUAUUUAAGAAUAAAGAUUUGAAGAAGAAUUUAGUCAAAAGAUGUCUUGUCAGGCCAAUCUUGAUAGGACUAAGGGAGCCAAGCUCAAAUGAGAAUUAUACAAAUUGAGAAAAUCUAUUGGAUGUUAUUUCCCAGUCAAUUACUGAGUUUCAGAAGUUGGAAAUAGUCAGAUCCUUGCAUUUCUACUGUAAAGAAGAAGAUCUGGACUCAUUCAAGAACCUUCUUGAGCUGUUCCAGUUAGAUGAGGAGACCAUGAUUGCUAAGCUCUCAAAACAGAACUCAUUUACUAAGGGAUCUCUGGGAUCCAUCACUGUUGAACAGCUGAAGGAGUUUGGGCUGAAUUUUGACUUCAUUACAAACGAGAAGUUAUGAUGGUAUUUUAGGAACAAGACACCCGCAAAAGUACCUCACUAUAUCGAAGGACUAGAGAACUUGAUGAACUGACUAGAGGAGCAUGGUCAUGAGCUGGAGGUUCAUCUAUUUCCUUCUAAGGAGACUGAGCCUUAUAUUUACUCUGGGGAAUUGGCAAACUUUGUUGUUCAGACUUUGACCUUCUGAGUCAAAAAUAUCGAUACAUCUGAUGAGGAAUUAACUACAAGAUUCAACAAGUUGUUUGAGAUAUUCAUUUCCAGGUGAAUCAACUUAAAAAUAUUGCUAAAUUUUGCAGAGACGAUUAGGGAACUUGAAAUAGAAAAAUUUACUUCUAUAUGUGAACUCUUAGAGAAUAGAGCAAAGAAUCUCUCUGAGAUAACAUCAAUUAUCAAAACAAUUGAGCCAAAAGUAACCAAGAAGCCGGUUGUGCUUUCAGGAGGUCCUCUGAGUAUCGACUUAGUACUAACAGACUUGUUUAAAAUUGCAAUGAAUUCGUUUACCAAAGAACAACUUGACCUUUUAAACAAUGAAGCAUUGGCUUUAUUCGAUGAACUUGAAGGUUACAUUGAAAAGACCAAGAAAUUUCCUUUGUUCAAGCUCCAAGGGAAAGUGUUCAAAGCUCUUGACAUAAAGGUUGGUUCAAAAUGUUCAAUGACUGAAGCAAAGGCAUGGAAAAAGGUUAUCCACUCUCUCUGGAAAACAGGAAUCUGCAAGAACCAAAUCGAGAAAGACACUUUGAUGAAGAAGGCCAAUAGGUUCACGUCAAAGAAGAACUUCGAGCGGAACAAGAAGAAAAUCAAGAAGGAAUUUAGGAGGCGGCAGAAGGAUCGGAAGCAAGGGAAAAUAGUCGAUCAGGACGAAGAAGAAAAGAAAGAGAUUUUUAAAGACUCCAAAAUGCCUGAAGAAAGCAAGGAUGAGUUUAAACACAGGAUGGAAAGGAAGAAAGCCUCAGAGUUGAUUACAGAGCUAGAGUGUCUAGAAGAUGGAAAUCCGAACUAUGGGGCUCCUAGGAGCAUGGUCAAGUUCAAAGAAAAGGUAGAAAAGUAUUGGAAUGAUCAAUCAGGUUAGUUUGGCUUUCUA